CGAAAAAGGAUGAGGCGUGAGAUUGAGAUAGAAGAUGUGAAUGAACAGGUUAGAGAAGCUGGAAAAACAUAGUAGAUCUAGAUGUUUGGAGACACCUUAGACCAUAUAAAUGAGUUAGAGCUGCUGGAGUUGAGGUAUGUUGGAUGAGUUGAGGUUUUGGAAUGGUAACUAAUAAAGAUUAUUUGUAGUCAUUCUGCAGUAUUGAAUUAUAUAGAUAUCCACACCACUCACCCCCUCCCAUAUAAAUACCCUGAAUGUCAAAACGCAUGCUACAUCAUUCUCCAUUUUCAUCACAUCAAAGCCUCGUGUACGAUAUUUCAUACACAACCAACCAUGAAAUACAGUGAGAUAUCCCAUUUCAGCCACCCACAACACAAGCUGAGAUUUGAGUACUCAGAAUUCCCCUUCAAAUGUGACGGCUGCAAGGAAGUAGGCAUAGGGUCGCGUUACAAAUGCUCCAUCUGUGACUUCGACCUUCACAUGCACUGUGCCAUGAUAACCUCUCCCAGUUUGUUCCACCCUUUCUACACCAAAUGCACCUUCCAGUUCAUGUCCAAACCUCCAGGAGACACACCCCGUUACUGCAACGCAUGCGAGAAGGACGUGAGUGGCUUCGUGUACCACUGCAAAGCAUGCGGCUUCGACCUCCAUCCUUGUUGUGCCAAGCUACCAAUGGUUCUUGAUGAUGGUGAAGUGAAGCUUUACUUGUACAGAAAAGUUAGCUCACCCUGUCACCGUUGUGGCAGAAAAGGUCGUAGCUGGAGUUACAGGUCCAAGUGUAAGAACUACAAUCUGCAUGUGGCGUGUGUGAGGGAGAUGUUGGUGGAGAAUUGGCACGAGGUGUAUGUUGGACGCUGCAAAGGAAGGAAUGUUGAUAGCAACAUUCCUAGUCUGAGAAACACACUCUACACUCCUCAUAGCAGUAGGAGGAGUAAAGGGAAGGUGAAGAAAUGCUGUGAAAUUGCUGGUUUCGCUGUGCAGAUUGUGAUAUCAGCUGUGUUGGGAGAUCCAACGGCUCUCAUUGCAGGCAUUGUGGGGUCCUUCAUGUCAAGGGCUUGAUGGCCACGACAGGGAACAUAGUCUAUCACUUUAGUAACUUUUAAGGUUGUAAACUUCACUUCACUGCUUUAAAUUUGUCGUGGUUCUGAUGAUGCUGUUGUUCAUCUGAAUUGACUCUGUUUUUUAUCCUCUAUUUUUUUUAAGACUCUUCUGUUAUAUUUAGUA